GCCCACACAUAGACGGGCACAAAGCAACAGAAAAAGCGCCGGUGGCACAGUCACGGUGCGUGGCGGGCGCUUUGCUUCCACACUAAAGUUAUCAUCCACAGUCGCUUGUGGAUCGCGCAUUUUGCUUAAAUGCCUCCUUUGCAAUCAUGGGGGGGUCAUCUCUCCCUCCCCCUCACGGGCAUUCCGAAAUUGUAGCUGGUCUUUGAUAGCUCCGCAGCUCAUACAGGCAUCGACAUGGCCAUGAAAAUAGACAUGGAAGUGAAACCUACACGUUACAAUCCCAUGGACGCGCAACGUUUCGACCCGCUGCGGCGCACUAACACGAAAACCAACUCGCCAUCUAAAAUAGGCACUUUACAACUGACCAUGGGUCAGGGCCUUUGCGUCAGAACUCGCCCCGUGCGAGAAGCUGUGGGUGCUGUAUGGCCGGAUCAUGAAGUUGUGGUGGUUCCUCUCGCGGGUGGUGAUGGAGAUGAAUAUUCGGAGGGAGGGUCUACAUCGCGCUCGUCCACACUUACUUCUACAUCUGCUUCGAUCACAAACACACGCGCGUCGUCUCCUGCGCCUGAUAUUGAUGUACCUCCAUCCCACACUCGAGAAGUCGAUGUACAUGACCGGGACGAUAUCGUGGUCACACGCACCAUCAUCCGCCCCAAUCCUAAUCCCAAUCGUACGCCAUCUCGGAGGCCAUCUCGAACGCAGAUGACACUCGCACGGGUGUUCUCGCGAUCGCCACCUCCCUCCGCCUCUAAUUCUCCUUCUGCUUCUAUACGCGCACUACCACGCUCCAACCCCCCUUCGCGCCCGACGAGCCCAGUGCUUCAAGCUCUCAACUGUUUCAGCACAUCCUCCACGUUUGAGUGCGACGUGGAUGAUACGCAUGGGGAAAGGCCUGUACUGCAGGUGAUCGUCACGCAAACGAGGGAGCGGUAUGAAGAUGAUAGGGCGUUUAAGGAGAUUGUGGGGAGUGUUUAUCCUGGGCCGGCUGCUGGUGCUGCUGCUGUGGGUGGUGCUUAGGUGCUUGCACCAUUUGUUUUGUUGCAGCUCUGGAGUCUGGAUUGACUCUGGGCGAAUAUCUUAUUGGAGUAUUUAAUGUCUAUGCGUUACUUUUGUUUAACUUGCACAUUCUUAACGCGUUUUUAUGAUAGCUAGUAGCAUCAUGGACUCUUCUGUUAUAUCAUAUGUUCUAUGCGGGUUCCUAACUCCAUGCUGAUUAUGCGAGUCAAUUCACGAUC